AUGCUUUCAGAGGUUGAAUAUAUAAUUUAUUAAAAGUUUCAUAUAAAUUUAAUAGGUUCAAAUAUAAAAAGAUUUUUAACUAUUGUAGUUUAUGGACAUUGGAAUAAAAUUGUAAUUGCAGAGAUGGUACAAAAACAUCAUAUUUACUGCGCCUUAAUUCUUUUUUUCAUAUUACUGUGCCUUUUCUUGAUAAUCUUAAUUUGA